AAAAAAAAAACACCAAGCGCUCAUCAAGAAACGUGUGAGCCGGUUUGAUCCACUAAAGAAACUUGGAGAACUGGACCGACCAGUUUCCAGACGGUAAUUUACCGUAAACAGACAACAGUGUGAGCGGUCGACUGACACACACUGGUUCAGACACUGAACCUCACAAUAAACCCGGACCGACGCAGAACCAGGACUAACAAAGCAAGUGUUACAUAAACUCCAGCUUAUUCAAAAUGCUGCGGCCAGAAUUCUAACAAAAACCAAGAGGAUGUCGGGGAUGACGGCCAGUACCAGCAACUACCUGUGGUCCCUGGCCGACGUCCUCGGCCAGGGGGCCACCGCCAGCGUCUACAAGGCCCGCAACAAGAGGUCUGGUGAGCUGGUGGCAGUGAAGGUUUUUAACAUUUUGAGCUACAACCGCCCCCCUGAUGUCCAAAUGAGAGAGUUUGAGAUGCUCAGGAAGCUAAAGCACAGCAACAUUGUCAGGCUGUUAGCUGUGGAGGAGCUGUCCUCAAAGCAGAAGGUGCUAGUGAUGGAGUAUUGUUCAGGGGGAAGUCUGCUCAACCUGCUCGAGGAGCCGGAGAAUGCCUUUGGCCUCCCUGAAACAGAGUUUCUCACAGUAUUGCAGUGCAUAGUGCAGGGUAUGAAUCACCUGCGGGAAAAUGCAGUGGUCCAUCGGGACAUUAAGCCCGGGAACAUCAUGCGGCAGGUUGGAGAGGAUGGGAAAUCUGUUUACAAGCUGACAGACUUUGGAGCAGCCCGAGAGCUGGAAGAUGAUGAGAAGUUCGUGUCUAUUUAUGGAACUGAAGAAUAUCUGCAUCCAGACAUAUACGAGCGUGCAGUCCUGCGAAAGGCUCAUCAGAAAUCUUAUGGCGUGAGUGUUGACUUGUGGAGUAUAGGUGUGUCCUUAUACCAAGCGGCCACCGGGAGUCUUCCCUUCGCACCGUUUGAAGGACCCCGUAAGAACAAGACCACCAUGCACAGAAUAACUACGAAUAAACCAGUGGGAGCGAUAUCAGGUGUACAGCGGGCGCAAGGCGGACAAAUUGAGUGGAGUUACCACCUGCCUCACAGCUGCCAGCUGUCACAGGGUCUGAAGGUGCUGCUGGUUCCUGUGCUCGCAGCCAUCACGGAGCCUGACCAGCAGAGGUGUUGGGGGUUUGACCAGUUCUUCAGAGCCACCACGGACAUAAUGCAGCGGCAACCGGUCCACGUCUUCUCUCUCCAGCAGGCUGUGACGCACACCAUUUACAUACACCACUACAACACAGUGUCAGUAUUCUUUGAGGAGAUGGCUUCUCAGACUGGGAUUGGGCUGCAGCAACAACAGCUGAUGUACCUGGGUCAUGAGCUGCUCCUGGAGGGCAACAUGAAGGUGGCCAACCUGCCGACUACUUCACUUUCUCAGCCUCUGAUGCUGCUCAGCUACGCAACUGAAGCCAACACCAGCCUUCCCUACAGAGAACCUGAGACUCCUGUCAUUCCAUCCAGGUUUGACAUCGUGGAAGACUAUCAUUUCUCUAAGAAAAUCGUAGGCAUCGGCCACCAAUAUCUGAGGGUCUUAGAGUGGCUUCACAUGGACCGGGAGUUGCUUCUGCACGGAUACUAUGGCUAUAUGAUGAAGUUGCGCAGCGAGUGUCGAGAAGCCAUGCACAGUAUUGCAAUGAUCACAGUUAGACUGCAAUCCUGCUUCAAUGGUCAAUACAGGCUUCAUAAACUAGCUCAUUACUGCUCUGAAAAUCAAGGCUCAGAUGAUAACGGCCAGAAGCUGCAGACGGUCCACGAGCAUCUGCCUAUAUACACUGCCGUAAUCCAAGAGUUUCAGAACCGACUGGACCACCUGCAGAUCGAACAGGCCAAGCUAGCGGAGACUCUGGCUGGUGACAAGAGCUGUCCGAAGAUGGAGAUGCUGCUGCGGAAGAUAACGGCCAUUCACCAGCAUUAUCGAAGGGACAGACUGGAUGGAAAGUUGGGGUAUAAUGACGAGCAAAUCCACAAGUUUGAGAAGAUUCACCUGUCGUCCCACAUUAAGCGGAUGAAAUCUCUCUUCCGAGAAGAAAGCGUGCAGAGAUAUAAAGAGCUUUUGGCCUCGACGAGGACGUGGAGCAGUGUUUUACUGGAGAUGCAAACUCGACUUGAGGAUUUCAGUUCCUUCUCCACAGGCUUGCUAUCAGAGUUGGAAAUGAAUGAGCAGUACCAGAAUAAGGGGGUAGACCGAAUCCUUUCCAUUCUGCCGUACACGAGAGCAGAACAAAAGACUGGAAUCACACCCAGGGACAAGGACCAGAUGGUCUUCAGGAUGAAUCAUUUGAGGGAGGAAAUGGAGCUUCUGGUGCAAGAACUACAGUGUAACAACAGCAUUAUUGAGAGUCUGGGAACAAAGAAGUCUGCAGGAGCCCUGGAGCAGAGCCCGACCCGACCCGCCACGCUGUGACAACACACCAUCUUCGGAUCUUACCUCAACAACUCGAGGAGUUUCUCUGAGAAAUCGCCUCAUUUUGUCUUGUCUUUUAUGAACAGUUCUUUCAGAUCUGCUGCCUGUUAUGCAAAGAGGAAACAGUUGGAAGCAAUCAAUCGAAUGUGAAGUUCAGUUUGAAUAUAUGAUGCACAGAAAGGUGGCAGUUAAGUUUAAGAUGGAUUUUUUUAGUCACUGUUUUUCUGUGAGUGCUGACUGAGUACAGCAGUUCAAUACAAACCUCAUUAAUGCCUUUAGUGUUAUUGUAUUUUUAAUAGGUUGCUGUUGUGAUGGAGUCUUUGGAUGAAGCAACAUAAUUGCCCCAUCUGCUGCCAGAUUGUUUUUAUUUCCUGUUUUUUUUUUCCCCCUAAAGAAGCACUUGAGUUUAACCAGACUGCCUCAGACAAACCUUUUUACUGGUAUCUGAGUUUUGAGUCUUAUUUUGAAAAUAUUGUGGAUGAUAUAUGUGGAUAAAAAUGUCAGAAAUGUGUUUUCCAUGA